AUGGAGACGGGCUGUCUGGCCGGGGGACGCGCAGACGCAGUCGCUGUGCCGCGCCGGUCGCUGUGGAAGCUUCGAUUCCACGUCGACGGGGCUCCACGUCGGCUGGCAACGAAACACCCAAUCCUCAACACAACAGCAACUGGUGAGACCCCCAUACAUAAAUACCCCCUCCUCCUGCCUGCCCUCAUCCCCCAUCUACUAGCAACCACCCACACAUCCAUCCCCUCCAAAAAUUAA